AUGCCGUGGAAACGCGGCCGCGGCUCUUCCGGCGUGUGUCCGCCCGGCGGCUUCGACAUCGCCUCGUUGGCCGCGCUCGGGAGUUAUAACGAAGGCGUCGCCGUGCCGCCCGUGGGAUCCUUCACGCACCCGCAGCAGAGCCACAGCCGUGUCUCUGUUCGAUGUGGAAAGAAGCAUAAGCUAGAAGAAGAGUCAGAAGGUUGUCCCGUGAAGAAGAAGAGACUGACAGGAGCCAAAAACUGCCCUCAGAAUCCCAGCACUGAAGAGUGGAUUCUCUGUGCAGGUCAGCAGGCAGCUGGGGAGGUAGCAACAAGUCAGUAUGGUGGUAGCCAUCCUGAAACUGCCAUGUUAGAAAUUCCCUGUGAAGAAAUGGAGCAGACAAUGGGGGAGCAGCAAUGCGAGGUUGCUCGCAGGAAGCUUCAGGAAAUUGAGGACAGGAUAAUUGAUGAAGAUGAGGAAGUUCAUGCUGAUGGAAAUGUUAGCAAUCUGCCCACUCUUAUCCUGUCAGAUACCCUUAAAAAAGGGAUGAAGAGGGAUUUUGGUGAAGUCCUGACAAAGAAAAUAAUAGAGUCUAUGAGCCGUCCUUCUAUGGAGCUGGUGCUUUGGAAACCACUUCCUGAAUUUCUCACAGACAAACUGAAGCCUGUUUCUGUUAAGAACUUCAGGCAGCAGAGUACUGAAGGGUGUCAAGCUAAGCAGUCAACAGCAACAGCUGCUUUUGACCCACAGACUGAAACAUUCCCUGAAUCACAACAGACUGCCAUGUCUCCAGAUCCAUAUGCUAGUUUGGGAAUCUCUGGAUGUGCAGAAGAAGAAAUGGAGCUGUAGAUCCAAAUUGUAGACUGAAAGUGGUGACCUUGUGAUGGGUUUUUUUUAUUGCUGUUGUUGUUAUUUUGAUACCUUCUUUCCUUCUGGUUUGUGUGAAUCUGAAGUUUGGUUAUGUUUUUUUGUUUUCCUAGUAGCAAUUGUAAGAACGUGGAUUGGCCAGACACAACUUUGGGAAACGUUAUAAAAAGAUAAUUCUGGUCUGUUAAAUAUUCUUAUUUUUACUGAGAAGGCAACCCAGAGGCCUUUGGAACAAGGAAGCAGCUUUCCAUCUUUGUUAAUGAUGAAAUAUCCUCCUAAUGUCCUUGGAAAGGUUUAAAAUCCAAUUAACUGAAUGUUAUGGUGGCUUAAGCCACGCUUUUCACUUACUGAGCCAUUUAGACUGGUGCAUACACUAUGCUUGGUCAGUUACUUCUAUUCACAUUAGAGAAAGGUAUUGAAAGGAAGACAGGAUCCUGAGUCUAGUCAGAGUCAGAAAAGCCACCCCUGUAGAAAUACAGCUCUUCACACAAUUGCUGUUUCAUCUGCAGCUUGCACUUGAUGUAAACUCCAGUAUUGAAAUGAUACGUUCCUUGGUAAGGAAGGAAUGUUAUGGCUGAGCAGAACUCUCUUGCUUUGUGGAAAGUAAAACUGGCUACUAACUUGGAAGGUAUCUAUUAACUAUAGUCCUCUUAGGUUUAUGGUCUCAUAAAUGUGGGGUUUUUAAUGCCCCUCCUCUCCAGAUGGCACAAAGUCUAGAGAGAAGUGGUUCCCAAGCCAACUGAUGCACAUUUGACAUCGUGAUGUGAUUCUUUAUAAGCAUUGAGUUGGCAAGUCAGUUCAAGACAGCAUAACUUGAUUAAAUAAGAAAUUUCCUUUAAUUUUGCUAGAGGUGGAUGGGUCAGAUAAGAGCGAGCUGAUUUUCUGAGGUAAAGGGGGUCAAAUGCUGAAUGCCAAGGUAAAUAAGUCCCAGCCUUUGAGAUUGCUGACACUGACGGUGAAGAUGCUUGUUGUUUGCAUGAGGAAACCUGGAUUUAUGGGCUAAGCUAGAACAUGCCAUCAACAUGAUGCCACAGAGUUUAUACAGACAUAUGCCAAAAUAAUUUUGUAUCCUGCUUAGGGUGUUAAGGAAUCUUCAAUGCACUAUGGCUCACAGCUUUUCUCCAUGCACACUACUUCUAUUACACUCAAACAAGGCAGAGAACGUCAUCUUCUAGUUUCGAGUCCUCAGCCUUUUUCAGAGAAACCAAAAAUGAGGCUUGAGAAAAAUUCCAAGUAAUAGAUUUUGUCUCCACAUCCCAGUCUGUAUUUGACAUCCUGCUAGCACGAAGGAGCAAGUACACUGACCUCAGUAAUGCAGCUGUCUGCAUAAGAAAAAAUAUUCAUCCUGUGCACAGCUAAUUGAUAAUCCUUGUGGGUUUUUUAAAUGUUUAAAUAAGUCAUAGUUGAAAGUUUGAUUUUAAACUUGUUUUUGCAGUCAUUAUUUUUUGGCUCAGAACAGCAGCUUUCUUUGAAAGUUAUCCCUGUUAGUUAAAUCCUGUGUCUAUCUUGCUCUUCUUGUUGAAGGUUUUCUGACGUUUGCUGUCUCUGGCUAAAAUAUUUCAGAGUUUCACUAAAAACAUUCCAACAUUGGAAUAGGUAUUACGCUGAAAACUGCUAUCAAAGUACCAUUCUGGGACUUCGGAGAGCGUGUGCAACUUUUUCUUGCUCUUAUAGCUAUUUCAGAGCUACAAAUCUCUUGCAUGUAAUGUGUAAAAUUUCUUGUGUAUUAUUAUACUGUUGAACUUGCUUAAAACAUACAGCCUUUGACCUGCUGCUACAUGGCUUGAGUAUAAAGUAAUGCAGCUCGGGGCAGGCUGUAAUCAUUGCGGGUAGAAAACGUGGUGCCUCUAAAUAUCUAUUUUUUUGAGGUUGCAGGAUUGUAGUGACAGCUCAAGAUUGGGACUGACUUAGCUGGUAGCUCUGAUGCUAAAUAAAUGGAAGAGGAAGGAUAACAAUUCCAAAAACACGUAACCAUCAAAUUUUGGCAUAGGUACAGAAAACUCUGAGAAGCCAAAUGUUAGAUCUAGAUGGUUUCUUCCCUACUCAACAUACUGAACGGACAAAUUGUCCAUCAAAUUAACAAACAUUGACCUCUGUUGUUCUGCCAUCUGAAAGAAGAAUCUACUGGCAGACUAUUGACAAAGACCAUGAGAUGGGAAAGAACUGCAUCCCAUGCAUUUGCUUUGGUUUAGAUUUAUUUUAAAAUUUGUCUAAGUUAUUUAUGCUGUUACUAGGAAAGAAGAGGGCUGAAGUGCUUCAGUUGGUGGGGGAGGAACAGAGCGUGGGUAAAAGUAGGAACCAGUUAUCUAGAAAGACUGAACAAAAUCACUGCUCUAGGAACUGGUGAGGACAAACUACCAGGGAUUUUCACACUUCUGUAUUUGUAAGAGUUUGAUUUGUUGUUGCCUUCCUUAAGAGACUUUAUUAACUCUGUUUGCAAGGAAGAUAGAAACAUGAUGCAGUAUUAGGAAAAAGUUUUAUUUUGAAAUAUGGAAGAUCUGAUUCUGGUCUGUCUUCUCUUGGGGCCAAAUCACCAUUUGUAUGUGAGUUUUUCAAUAAAUUUUCUGAAGUAUU